GCUGAUCAAGAGAAGUCUUCAGUGGCUUCUGGACACUGAUUUUUGAACCUUUAGGAAAUGCAUUUACCACGGAGAAGGCGGCUACAAUGGAACCGAAUCUUUUUCUCGCUUGCCAUAGUGUUGGUCCUCUCUCUCUAUCAGCUCCAGUUCAGCCACUCUGCCCUUCCAGCACCACGCACAGCACCCAAACCCAUGGACCCCGUGAAAGUGUUCUCCCGGGACCUCUCCAGCAACAAGACUGCCAUGACAGGCAAUGUCACAGCAGCACCCAAAAUAAGGCACUGUGUGUAUGUAGAUCCUGAGCCAAUUGUGCCCAUCACUACAUCAGCGGAUACAACACCACAGCAAGAAAAUGUCAGUGAAAGCUACCCAGAUGAAAAGCCACCAUACGAGUCCAAAGGAGAAUAUCCGCAGGACCUAUUCAGUGUGGAAGAACGCAGGCAAGGGUGGGUUCUACUUCACAUCUUUGGCAUGAUGUAUGUGUUUGUGGCCUUGGCCAUAGUGUGUGAUGAGUAUUUUGUUCCUGCUUUGGGAGUGAUCACAGAGAAGUUGCAGAUCUCUGAAGAUGUGGCUGGAGCCACCUUCAUGGCAGCAGGUGGAUCAGCACCAGAACUCUUCACCUCCCUCAUAGGUGUCUUCAUCUCACACAGCAAUGUGGGCAUCGGUACCAUUGUGGGCUCAGCAGUGUUUAAUAUCCUCUUUGUCAUUGGCACCUGUGCCCUCUUCUCAAGGGAGAUACUCCACCUGACAUGGUGGCCCUUAUUUAGAGACAUCUCUUUCUACAUUGUUGACUUGCUGAUGCUCAUCCUGUUUUUCCUAGACAGUGUCAUUGAUUGGUGGGAAAGCCUCCUUUUACUGACUGCCUAUGCCACAUAUGUAUUCACUAUGAAACAGAACGUGUACCUAGAACAAUGGGUGAAGCAGGAGCUGAACAAGAAGCUAAAUGCUGUGCAGGCAGCAUCAGCAGAGCAUAUACGGAAGAAAAGCAGUGGGGCAGUUGCAGAUGAUGGAACAAAGAAGCUAGCAGAUGGGAGGAAGCUGCAGCCUCCGUCAGCCUUACAGCGAGGCAGCAGCUCAGCCUCCCUGCACAACUCUCAAAUGCGCAGCACCAUCUUCCAGCUCAUGAUCCACACCCUGGACCCCCUGGCAGAAG